AGUGGAUCAGUCACAUCAUUUCUCAGGCGUUUCGUGGUUAGCUCAACAGCUUCGGGGGCCAGCAGGACAGGUUAUGAUGAUACGGGUAGGUUAAUAGAAUGCCCCGGUAGGUAGAAGGGACGGGCAUAAAUACAGGAUGUCCAGCUUGGUAAUGGACCGAUUUCAUUUCCAUGCUCACCUCGUUACCUCUCUCUACGCUCCCAUCAAUUUAUCGUUUAUAUUGCUGUCAACAUGCGUGUCUUCUAUCUUUUUACUCUGUUUAUAUUGAGUGAAGGUACUAUCUCAGCUCAAAACGUGAGCUAUACCGAGCUCAUCGAGCCACUGUUCCUAGAUUUCACUCUGGAUGAAAUCCUCCAAAACAACACCAAAGGAUGGCCGAUCGUCGAACCCUGGGCCAGCGAGUAUGUGAAUUCGAUCCUCGAGGGAAGAUAUGGUGAUGCUGUGUGGGCGAGUUACAAUAUCGGCGGAGAUGUGAACAGUGACACUGGUAUUGUCGAAGGCACCAAUUUGACCGUGCUGGAGAGUAUUGAGGAGGACGCACUUGGCUAUAGAACCAACGAUCCGGACAAUUACGCCGAGGCCCUAUCCUUCUACACCCAAACCGGGAACACAGAUGGACACACCGAUAUCGUUGACAUGCUUAUCCGCAUUGGUCAGCAGGACGUCGUUGAAGCCAAGAUGGAACUCGACAAGCGCAAGACUUGGGGUAUUAGAUGCAGUCCUUAUGAUCUGGCCUAUAAAUCGAGCUGUCUCAAUAUUCUUGAGCGCAUGUCCACUGCGAAGACAUACGUUGGAGGUAUUCGGAGGCUUGGCGCCUACGGGUAGUGUUUUCUCGGGGUUUCAACAUAUCAAGGCGUAUACACCGAUGUCACAUGGUACCAAGCUCAUGCUGUUGGUCAACUAAUUGAAGACAAUUGUUCCUACUGUCCCGCAUGUAGCAACCAGUUGAAAGUCUCGGGCUACUGGCC